UUGAUUUAAUAUAAAUUUUAAAUGAAAGGCUUUACAUUGAUCCUCUUCGCAGCAGUGCUUGCUCUUGCUUACAGUAAGUGGACUCCGUUUGAGUUCAAAACACAGUACGAUAUGAUCGAGUUCAUGAGAGAUGAAGAUCACCAUAUUUACCUUCUGUAUUUUUAUAAUUCUGGAAAAGAGAGCAACUAUAAUGCAAGAACUAUCCAGAAGGAGAGGGAAUCUAUUAAAGCCAACGUUUACGAUAGAUUCAACGGUAUGUAUUAUAGAGAAUUUGACAUCACCGAUGGCCGGUACGAAUACAUUACUCACCACCUUGGCAUUGAGACUGAUGAUGUACUUGAAUAUCCUACAGUGGUUGCAGUUUCUGAUGGACAAGGCAAAUGGAUUCAUGGGCCAAAUCUUAGCCAAUUGUUAGUACCUACCCUCAGUGCAAUUGUUAGGAACAAAAGACAGUAAAUAUAACAUUCUCACUAGAACUCACUU